AUGUCUCGGGAAAACCCAAAUCAACAGCCUUCAUCUAUUGAAUCACUAGGCGAGGUGCAUCUGGCAGAAAAACUCAAAAGGGGUAAUUAUCCCCUAUGGGCAAAACUGAUGAGAAGGGGCAUCUGUGGGAAGGGUCUGGCAUCUCACAUAACCAGAGUUACAGAUCCUCCCCCACCGACCGACUCAAACUAUAACCGAUGGCAGCAGCAGGACGAUUGUUGCUUCAAUUGGAUCAUAAACAACAUCGACGCCGGCCUCGUCAAUGAGGUUUCCCAAUACGAAAUGGCCUGCAACUUGUGGGAUAGUCUGGCCACAACGUAUGGAAGCGGCACCGACCAAUUCCAAAUUUCGGACCUGCAUAGACAAGCUUACAAUAUCAAACAAGGAGAUUUAUCCCUGGAGAAUCUAUGGCAAAAGCUUCAAGAUCUAUGGAUCUCAAUUGACACCAGGGAUCCAAAUCCGAUGGAGGAUCCGUCCAACAUCGAAAAAUACAACCAGAACACACAGAGGCACAUGUUACACCAAUUCGUAUGGGCAUUAGAUGACCACCGAUACGGGAAAAUCAAGAGAGAGAUCCUAAAUAUGGAUCCAAUACCGACAGCAAGAAAGGCAUACGGACUAGUCAGACGGGUGUCCGUCAACAAGAAGCUACUCAAUCCAAAAACGAAGGAAUCUGCAAUCGGAGUAGGAAAAUCGAGCACCCAUCGCACAAAACCACCAACCACCGAGAAACCCUAG